UUUCCUGCAAGGCCAAGGUCGCUCCACCCAGCCUGACACAAUGGGGAGGAAAAAAAUCCAGAUCUCCCGCAUUCUGGACCAAAGGAAUCGGCAGGUGACAUUUACUAAGCGGAAGUUUGGGCUGAUGAAGAAGGCCUAUGAGCUGAGCGUGCUCUGCGAUUGUGAGAUCGCCCUCAUCAUCUUCAACAGCGCCAAUCGCCUCUUCCAGUACGCCAGCACGGACAUGGACCGCGUGCUCCUGAAGUACACAGAGUACAGUGAGCCCCACGAGAGCCGCACCAACACCGACAUCCUCGAGACACUGAAGCGGAGGGGUGUGGGCCUUGAUGGACCAGAGCUGGAGCCAGAUGAAGGGCCUGACGGUCCAGGAGAGAAGCUGCGAAGGUUGGCAGGUGACGGGGGUGACCCAGCCUUGCCCCGGCCCCGGCUCUAUCCAGCAGCCCCUACUAUGCCCAGCCCGGACAUGGUAUAUGGGGCCCUGCCCCCACCAGGCUGCGACCCCAGUGGGCUUGGGGAGGCCCUCCCCGCCCAGAGCCGCCCAUCUCCUUUCCGGCCAGCAGCCCCCAAAGCUGGGCCCCCAGGCCUGGCACACCCUCUCUUCUCACCGAGCCACCUUGCCAGCAAGACACCACCACCCCUGUACCUGGCAGCAGAUGGGCGGAGGCCGGACCUGCCUGGUAGCCUGGCGGGGGCCCGAGGGGGACUGAACACCUCAAGAGGCCUCUAUGGUAGCCUACAGAGUCCAUGCUCUGCCACAGCUCCGGGACCCCCACUCGGGAGUUUCCCCUUCCUCCCUGCAGGCCCCCCAGAAUAUGGCCUGGGAGACCCCCCUCCGCCCCCUGGCCUGCUGCAGCCCCCCACCCUGGCCCCCUGGCAGCAUUCCAGGGGUGAUGGGCCCCCAGCCGCCCCUCCCCAGCCCAGUGGGAGCCGAAGCCUGAGUGAGGAGGGUCCCCCCGCCCGUGGCGCCUCCCCACCAACCCCCCCAGUCAGCAUCAAGUCCGAGCGCCUCUCGCCGGCCCCUGGGGGCCCCGGCGACUUUCCCAAGACUUUCCCCUAUCCCUUGCUCCUGUCCCGGCCCCUGGCCGAGCCCCUACGGCCUGGACCCCCCCUGCGCCGUCUGCCCACUGCUGACGGCUGGGCUCGGUAGUGGACCCAGGGGUGGCACGGGUCCUUCCUCCCACGCGGGGCGAGGGCACGUGGGGUCCCAGUCUCCCUCCCCGCGUCGUUAGAAAAGAGCCAGCAGUUAACGUCCCUCCAAAGUGAGGGCCGGGAGUUCAGAUCCACGGUCGGGGGUGGGGGAUCCUUUCUCCCUUUCCUGUGUGUAUCCACCAAUAAAACACGCGUGGUGUCCAUGGA